AUUUCUCCCAAGCAUGUUAUUUUAUUCAUUUUUAAAGUACCUUCUUCUCUAUAUAAUAAGCAAAGUAUAACCGGUGUACGUUAUUAAGUGAAAAUAACUUCAAGGGACAUAUAGACAUAAUGCAGGGUUGCUCUGUGUUGCUAUUGCUGCUUGUGUUCGUGUGUGGGUGGACUGGAGGAUAUGCCGGUCAGGACAGAGCAAGGAGAGAGGCCGACAACGGCGGCAAUUCUGACCAGGAAAACCCUGAAGUUGUACAGCACUGCAUGGAGUGUGUGCAGGAUAUUACUGAUGAUGACGAUACCCUGGAUAUAGAAGGGGAGUUUGCUGACUGUGUGGCCGAUUGUGUGAUAGAGCCGGAGAACUGCUACCUUCAUCAGUACUGUCCACAGGACAGCAGGCGCGUGUUGGCAGAUGUUAGCAGCAGGAAGUGGCGGCCCUUUAAGAAGCUAGGAUCCUGGUACCGCAAAAAUAAGGAUAAGAUCCUGAAUGGCCUGAACACGGCCGGCACGAUAAUCGGAGCUACCGGGAAGAAAUGAACCAGCAGAACAAUCGACAUUCAGCGGCAAUUAUAAUAAUAAAACAUCUAGUGUUCUUAUGUAAAAGUCAUACUUACUUUUUCAUUACUUAUGUUCUUUCGUAUGUUAUAUACAUAAAUAAUAUACUAAUAGUUCAUGGCUAACUUCGUUCAGUUUAUAAUGCUUAUUAAAUAUC